GCCUAUCAGAUUUUAAGAAAGAGACAUGAGGAACCAGUAGGCGUGUGUCAGAAUUGAGAGAUAUCAUAUCUCUCGGAAAAAUGUGAUUUCCGAGAUUUCUUUUGGGAAUAGUUGCCUUAAUAAUCAUGAGAACGAUGGAGGACCUUGACCUCCCGCACCGUCUAAUAGCCGCUGGUGAAGAACCGCUUGGGGAGAGGGUUAAUGUGUACAAUAAGAUGAAAACUCUUAAUGGUAUUAUCGACGCACUUGAUGCUACUGAAAUCAAUCUUAUCCGAGAUUCUCCUCUCGGUGGGUUGUUGGAUUUCCCAAACAAACCAGCUUGGUCGGCCAGUUUUGGUCUUUAUCUGCUUGGGCGCCAGUUGGACAUAGCCAAAGCCAACAAGAUCUGGGUUGUUUAUGCUGGUAUCCCAGUUCGAUUUUCUCUGCGUGAGUUUCAUCUGUCCGAUGUUACUGUCGAACGUGUUAUCACUAUGCUUAAGAAGAAAGUUACUGAUGAUCCGUCAUUGCGUAUUCGAUAUGUUGUUCUUGCGCUUGUUGAUGGAUAUCUCCUGCCAACAUCCCAUCAUCCCAAAAUUAUUAAAGAACACGCUGAGAUGUCUGAAAACCUGACUUCUUUUCUCACUUAUCCGUGGGGUCGAUUGAAUUUUGAGAUGAUGAUGAAUUCGAUUAAAGAAAGAGAACUUGAACAGCUUGCAACUACUUCUGUCGCUGUGCAAGGCCUAUUAUACGCCCUACAGCUUGUUGUUCUUCAAGCCGCUCCCGCUAUUCAAGAAGGUCCUGUGUCCGAGGAGACAGUCGGUUCUGAGUCCGAUGAAGAUACUAUUGAACUUACUCCUCGCCAGGUAGUCCCGUUUAAGCUGGGUAACGCUAAAGUUUUAGACACAAAUUGCCAGACUCACGUUGAUCCUAUCAUCCAUCCCGGAGUUCUUCUUGAUCCUGCAGAAGAUGUUUCGUGGUCAGAUGACGAAGCAGAUCCGCGGGUAGACACUAUGGUAAAGUUGGCGGAGGAAGGAUUCAAGUUCAAUAAUGAUAUGUUUCCUGGUGGUUGCAUCCCAUCUGAAGUUGUUGUAGCCCCCAAAAAACAAAAAAGAUCUGCAACUUUGAAAGGUGGUCGUGUCAGGAAAUCUUCAAAGCAGGGCAGAAUCCCUAAAAAUCCAACUGGGAUUCGAAGGACUCAGCAAUCUGUGCAUAAUGAGGAAGAAUCUGUUCUUUUGGUUGACAUGAACGCGUUAUCUCAGAUGUUAGAUGGUAAAUUGAAUGCUCAGUACAAAAAGAUCAUUAAAGGUGUUACUGAUUGGUUUAUUGCAAAUACUUUGAUUUCUGCGGAGAAUGGGAAAGAUGUCCCUGCUGAGAAUGGUAAAGAAGUUCAUGCGGACAAGGGGAAAGGGAAAAAGGUUCCUGUUCCCCAGUCUAAUCCUCUCCACAUUUCUGAUGGAGAUGAUGAUUUUGACACUCUAUUUCCCCUCCGUCCGCCGACUCGUCGUUCUUCUCGCAUUGGCAAAGCUGCCCAUCGGGUCCCCCAAGUGCCCGGCGAGGGAUUGGGACUCGACAAUUCUGUUGAAGGGAUAGCUUCUUAUUAUAACGGCCUUUUUCCCGGCGAUUGCAGUGGGUCAAGGGCAGCGGAUGGUAUAGCGAGUCAUGUUGAUGAUGAAGAAAACGGGUUGGUUAAUUGUCAGUCAUUAAAGGAAGGUAGCAAAGUGUUCAACGCAGAUGGUAACAAUGGUAACACCGCGGUAACUAAUAAUGAUGAUAACUUGAAGGGUGAUGAGGAGAUCAGAGAUCUGGAGGAUAAUGUGGGGGCACUGGAUGAGAUUUUUGCAGCUGUCGGAAACCCACAGGCAACCCAGGAGGUCGACAGUGAGUCUGCCACUGAUGUAGCUUCUGAGUCCGGUGUAAGCGUCAAUUCCGACUCUACUACAGUCGAUGAAGAGGACACGGAAAUGGGAGAUGUUGCCCAUAAGGAAGCAGCACACACUGAAGGAGAUGAUGAAGAGGAGUUAGCAGUUGAAGAUAUUGCCCCCAAGGAUAGUGAACUUAUUAAGGAAUUACCAAUUCGAGAUGCUUCCCCAAAUCACCGGAAACCUAUUCAGGAUUCCCAAAUUGAAGAUACAGGGGACGAGGAAUUACCAAGUGGAGAUGCUCCCCCAAAAGACAGGGAACAUAUUCAAGCCCCCCAAACUGAAGCUAAAGGGGAUGAAGAGAAACAAUCUAGUGGAGAUGCUCUUCCAAAAGACAGGGAACCUAUUCAGGAUUCUCAAACUGAAGGAGAUGAUGAAGGAGAUGAAGAGGAAUUAGCUAGGGGAGAUGCUUCACCAGAAGACAGGGAACUUAUGCAGGAUUCCCAUAAUGAAUCUGCUCCAGAUAUGGCAAUUGACCCUCUUCAGGAUCCCCAUGUUCUAUUGGUUGCCCCAAUUUCUGUUUGUGAGUCAAACAAAGUUUUGGUCCCAGAGAAGGGACAUGUUCCUUCUCAGACUAGUGUUGUUGGUAACAAUGGAGGAAGAAGGAGUAAAAGGCUUAGGACGAGAUCUACCAAGUUGGAUGGUCGGUUUCAGUUUGAUAAGAAAACGAAGCUAUUGGUAGGACACCCUUCUCCCAUUGCCAAUAGUAGUGGAUGUUUAGAUCCUGAAGAGCGUUUCAACCGUUCCUUGAAAAAACUUAAAGCGAUAAGCUCUAUUUUUUUAGGCCCCGAUGUUUUUAUUAGCAGCAAGGAUGUCCUUGAGUUAAUUGAGAGGAAAAAACCUUUGGCGAACAAGGUCAUGGACGCCCUGUUGAAAUUCAGCAGGCACAUUCUCCGUACACACGAGGUGGAUGGCGAAAAACUUCGCGUUGAUGUGCUUGAUACCAAGUUUAUCUCUCAAUUGUACCGCCUAUAUCCGAAGUUCACCAAAGCCCCUGUUUCUCAAGAUUUCCACUUUCCUACAGCUUUGUUUGAUGCUGUUUGUGGUGUCGGGGAGUUGGACCGUGCUGAGUUGUUUUCUGAAGUUGAUUACCUUUAUCUGCCAUUCAACUUUGACAAAAAACAUUGGGUUGCCUUAUGUGUUGAUCUUAAUUGCGCCAAGAUUACUGUGCUCGAUUCUAAUGUUCAUUUGCGCAUGGAUGCUAGCAUCAAGGUGGAUAUCGAGCCUCUAUCCAAAAUGCUUCCUAUUCUCUUCAGACAGGCGGCAUCCAAUCCAAUAAUGAGUCAGCUCUUACCUACUCCAUUUUCAGUUGAAAGGUCUCUUUGCAUCCCGCAGGUUACCUCUCAUGUUGAUGCCGGCUUGAUGACUAUCUUUCUUAUUCAUGCGCAUGCUGCCGGUGGUAUGGAUGAUUGUGCUGAAUUUCUUCUCGAAUGCAUUGAAGCUGAAACCAAGAAACUUGUCUCUGCUAUCAUUCUCGCUGGUGUCCCGAAAGGCGUAGUCACGGCCGAUAAACGGACCGAAAGACUUAGCCGGAAAGAACGGACAAAAAUGUCCAAGCUAGGCCAGCUAAGUGAGCUGGAUAAGCUGGAUGAACUAGCUAGCUCAGCUAGCUGGGUGGUCCGGUCAGCUGACACUCGAGCUGGUGGACUGUGGUUGCUCGGGGAUGAAGAGGUGUUAGGUCGAACAGUUACCGACGAAUGGCAACUGUUGGCCAAAGGGUGGAUAAGGCCGAGCGGUUAUGAUCAGAAAGGUGCAACUCUUCGAAAGGGUGCAACGAACGGAUGUGAUCUUUCGGGAAGGAACCCUAUAUAAGGGAGGACGUCCAAGGGCUUUAGAAU